AAAUGCUUCCUUCUUUGGACAAUUAUAUCUCUUAUGGCACCGAGAUAUUCGUGCAAAAUGCUGACUUACAAGCUAGAAUAUAUGAUGUCAUUGAAACAGUUAUGAAUAGUGAUCGUAUCAAUGAAAGUGAACGUAUUUGUGCUUGUAAGUUGAUUGAAUCCGUAUUGUUGAAUUGUCGUGGAUAUGUGGAUCAAUAUGUUGGCCCAUUUCUUGGACUUGGUUUUCGUUACUUAUCUGACCUACCAAGUAUUACCACGCUAUCAUUCAAAAUAUAUUGUAUAGAAAUUAUAAUCAAUUGUCUCUACUAUAAUCCUAUUCUGACUCUCCGUAAUCUUGAAGAACGUGGUCUUACUCAAGCAUUCUUUUCGAUAUGGUUCGAACACAUUGACAAAUUUAAACGUGUUCAUGAUAAGAAACUUGUUAUUGUAGCGCUUUGUUCACUAUUAGAAUUACCUUUUGAACAAUUGCCACCUACAUUACAAGCUGGAUGGACGCAAGUUUUGGACGGUAUUCUAACAGUGUUCAAAUCUCUACCUAAAGCCGAAGAGGACCGAGAAAAUCUCGAGAAAAGUUAUGAAGACGAUGAUAGUGAUGAUUCAGAUGAACUUGAAGCCCUCGAAAAAUCGUAUGGUGAAGAUGACAACGUGGACAAUG